UUGACACUCCUUUUGAAAGACCUCAAAAAAAACCCAAGCAUCGAACAAACACUCCUUGGUCAUUGGAGUAAUAGUUGUACGCUCAAAAACUCCGAAGAAAACAUAAGCUCAUCAAAUUCUCUCUCAACUUCCCCAUGGUUUACCUAACUUCGUGGGAUGAAUUCGUGGAGCGAUCUGUCCAAUUAUUUCGCGCCGAUCCUGAAUCUACUCGUUAUUCGAUGAAAUACAGACACUGUGAUGGAAAAUUGGUUCUUAAAGUUACCGAUAACAAAGAGUGCCUUAAAUUUCCCUUCUCAUUUCACCAACAUCAUGAUGGAGUGUGUGUCUCUAGCCUCAAGUUUACCUUGCUUAUCAAUGGCAUUAUAGUUGGAUAUUUUCUCUCUAAAAGGGGUUUGAGGCGAGGAGAUCGCCUAUCAUCGUUACUCGUUGUUCUUUGUAUGGAAUAUUUCACUCACAUCAUGAAUAUGUUGACAAUAUUGUUGGGAUAUAGUUCCAUCCUAUGUGUAAAGAGCUGAAAGUCAAUAACCCUAGCUUUGCAAUGAUCAACUUAUCUUAAGCAAGAGGGAUAAACUCUUUGCUAAGCCCUCGGGCAAAGCUAGAAUUCUUUGCCAAAACACGAAAUGCAUCUUUUUAAAAUAUUAGCUAUUAUGUGUUUUUAAUUGUUUGUUUUGAGCAUUACGUGAUUUGGAACUUUGUUGGUUUAUGUAAUUUGAAAUGUGGUUGUUGUAUCUAUUUAUACUUUAAAAAUCAAAAGACUUAACAAAUAUUUCGUUUCAGAUUUUGAAUGUUGGAAUACUUCAUAUAAUUGGUCGCACAAUUAGUACAAAAUAUAAGAACAAAGUUCCUUGUUAGUUAAAAAAUGAAUAAAUAAUUUUAUACGAAUGGACGAAAAUUGUAAAAUUUGUUUUGGACCAAAUCUAGAUGGGUCUGGGUCUAAAUUUUCCAUACCCUAUGGAUCUGGGUCCGGGUCUAGGUCCAUUAAAAAAUAGGGUCUGGAUCUGGUUCUAGUUGGACCUGACCUAGAUCCGACUCAUGCCCAUCCCUACAUCCGCUUUUUUCUCCAUAAUUUUCUGACUUACUCUUUCUUUACUUUUACUUUUUAUAACUUUACUUUAUUUACUUUUACUUUUUUUUUCUCUUCUGCCUUACUGUUCUACUGUUGGAAUUUUUUUAGCGUUGUACUUGUAUCUAUUAUUUAAAUCUAAUUAUCUUUUUACCAGUAUCUAUAUUUAGAUAAUUAUUUAGAGUAAAUUAUAACACCAAAAAAUACCCAU